AUAGAUAAUAGGUACCAAAGAGUAGUAUUAUAAAAAUAUGAUAGAUACAAUGAUAGGUGCUGUAUCUAUGAUUCUAAUUUAUUGUUUUUUGUAUACAUAAAAUAUUAGGAACUAUUGUGUACUGUGUGCGGAUUAUCUCAUUUUCGUAGUUAUACUAGGUCACAAUUGAAAUAAAUACAACAUGCCAUCAAUUGCUGGAACUUACAAACACUAUAAGAAUGAAAAUUUUGACGAAUAUUUUAGUGCUGUUGGUGUGCCAUAUAUGGGGAGAAAAAUGAUGGGUUUAUCAUCACCUCAGAUGGAUAUAACCGUAGAUGGUGACCAAAUGACAAUUAAAACAUCAUCUUUGAUGAGAAAAGUAGAGUAUACAUUCAAGCUAGGUGAAGAAUAUGAAGAACACAUGCCUGAUACUGUUCUUAAGUGUGUAACAAAAAUCCAGAAUGAUAAUGAAAUAAUAACUGAAUCAGUGAUCCCAGCCACUGGGGAAAAGUGUGGACGCCACUAUCUCUUCACUGAUGAUGAGUGUGUUAUAACACUGACCCAUGACAAAGCAAAGGUACCUGCUAAGAGAUACUUCAAAAGAGUAACUUCAUAAAAGUGUUAUACAGAUGCUAUAUGUAUAUAUAUAUAUAUUAUGAAAUAAGAGUUUAUUUACAUUCUGCGCUUUUAAUCUGUAUGUGAUAUAAGUUGGACUGUUGGAGAUUAUUUUAUUAUUGUCUCAGUUGAACUGAUACUUUUUUAUAUCUUUAUAUUUUUUUAUAA